AUGAACUCGCAAAUCAUGAUCAUGGGAAUGAUCGCUGCAGCCUCGGUAGCAUUCGUCGGAUUCCUGAUGUACCGAAUCGGACAGUCGUCCGAAGACAGCGAUCUGAUCAACCAACCGCCGCUGAAAGACAACAGCUCCUUGAACGAGGACCUAUGGGACAUCCUCGCGUUCGUGCCGUACAAGGAAGUGCAAGACAUCGUCGAACGUUACAUGAAGUACGACAGGCAGAUCGGAGACACCGUCAGCUUCGUCAACGACCACAAAAGGUUCCUGUUGAGAGAACUCGAAGAUAUGCCGCAGGCGAGCCGCAUGAUUCUGUUUCUGUCGAAAAAUGGCCUCGACGUCCAUUACUGGUCCGAGAAGGUGCGCAGCUAUUGGAAGAUGGCGCCGAGGUUCGUUAGGAGCAACGGCAACAUGGCGGACGGCGGGCUGACCGUGAUGAUCGACAAGAUCCUGCGCACCAUACCGCUGAACGAACUCCACGAACUGCUGCGACAGAAAGUCAAGUACUCGGGCAGCUUCCGGAGGCUGUUGCUGCUGCUGAAGUCGAACGACUUCGAGGAGCUGUGCAACGAGAUCGGACAGAACCGGAUGAUGAAUCAUCAUUACUUCUGGGCGCAGGAGGAUGGACUGGAAGUGACGUUCGCUGGCGAGCUGCUGAUGGAUCUCCACGCUUAUCUCACUCAGACUUUGUUUAGAUAA